CAGGCGCGCCACGUGAUGCCAUUCCCCGGGGCCGGGCGCUGCGUCUACGGAGAAGGGCGGGCCGGAGUGUCACGUGAUGGUGUCCGGCCAGCCAAUGGAUACGCGUAACGCAGAAUUUCGAAUGUGGCGGCGGUAGCUGCGGAGCGCGGCGGAGCGGGAGGUUGCAUCUGCUCGUCCGGACCUGAGUGGCCGAGGUACGGAGCGGUACGGGCGGCGGGACUGGAGAUGAAUUUCACUAUGUAGCCCAAGCAUAAAUCUAUGACCCACCUGCCUUAGCCUUUUUAGUAGCUUGGAUUAUUCUACAACACCUGACUUAAUAUUUCUAAGCAGAAAAUCAAAAUAUUGCUUUUUUUGAAACAAAGAUGGCUAAGGAAAGGUGUCAGAAAAGGUCCUUUCAAGAUACCCUUGAAGACAUUAAGAAUCGAAUGAAAGAAAAAAGGAAUAAAAAUUUGGCGGGGAUUGGGAAACGCAAGUCCUUUAUUGUUGCACCGGGCCAAGUACCCACUAACACUGCUACACUACUGAGAUAUUACCAAGAUAACAACAGGUUGUUAGUCUUGGCUUUGGAAAAUGAGAAAUCCAAAGUGAGAGAAGCACAGGAUGUCAUCCUGCAACUGAGAAAAGAAUGCUACUACCUUACUUGUCAGCUGUAUGCAUUGAAAGAGAAGCUAACUUCCCGACAAAGUGAAGAAACUACUCAGAACUGGAAAGGACGUCCCUCAGACGUGGUCUCCAGCAUUGACAAUACGACCAGGGACUUGUCAGGGAAGUCCUUACAGCAAAUUGCUGUUGAAGAAACUGAUUGUCCUUACCAAACCACAGAACCAAGUCCUGCUGUUACUCCAGAGACACAGGGUUGCGAUUUUGAUUCAGGUAAAGUUGAGUCUACUGAUGAAGUCUUACCCAGAACUAUAUCUAUCCGUCGCCAUUUAAGGAAAGAUUUUAGUAAUAUAAGCCACUCCACGACUUUGGAGGAUUGUAAAGCCAGUCCAAGAGUGGCACAGUCUCUGGAAGUUAAAGGAAGUAGAUGUAGAGAAGUAACCGUAACCCUGCACAGACUUGAAAAUGUUUGUCUGUGGAACAAAGACCAAAUUAGCUUAUGUUCUAGACUGAUUAACCCAGCAAAGAUUACUGAAACAGAAGUCAUUUUAUCAUCUAAACCUGAACAAAUAGAAAGCAAGCAUAAACGUGCACGAAAAAGAAGAGCAGAGCAAAGAAGAACCAAGCAGAGAUGCAAAUCAAAAUCCUCAUUGAGGAGUAAGGGGAACAAAAACAAAGAUAAGCAGGGUUUACCCCCUACUACACUGGAUGGAGGUAUUGGUUCCUGUGAUGCUUACGAUUUUAAUCUAAAAGGGACGGUCCACCCCACCCCUUUCCGACAAAAAAUGAACAAUGGCUGCAACAAAGAAACGGAUAGCAGCAACUCAGAAGUGAGUGACCUCGAAUGCAGUACCUCUGAGGAUGAGUCUGAUGACCUCUACCUGCCUCCCUCCAAGCGCUUGCGAGACUACAGAGAGUCAGAGAGAGCAGUUACCAGGCCUCGGUCUAAAAGAGGACUUCAGUACCCAGAUGGGAAAGAGAGGAAGGAGGUGCUGCCAUCUACAGCUCCUACUGGUAUCCCACCUGAGACUCAAGAGUCACCUCGUUGUAGCCUAAAGGAUGUCACCAAUAUCCUGCAGUGUCCUAGAGUGAAGAUCAGGAAGCCUUCUCUGCCUCCAAAGCGGCGUGAAGACAGCCCAGCAGUGGCUCUGACUAAACGCAGGUGUAGCACCAUCAAAAGCUAUAAAGAGCCAACACUCGCUUCAAAGCUAAGAAGAGGGGACCCUUUCACGGACUUGUGUUUCUUGAAUUCUCCUAUUUUCAAGCAGAAAAGGGGUAUGAGAUGUCCUAAAAGAAGAACCAAGCAAACACAGUAACUCAUUUGAUUAGCUACUGUUUAAGGUGAUCCUUCUUUUUUACCUAAUAAAAUAUUAUUAGACAGUGCACAAUGGGCAGAACCUCUACCAGGCUCUGAUCAGGAGGGUCUCUUGGACAUAUACUUUGUAUGGACUAUUAUAUUACCAACAUCUAAAACUUCUCCAGCAUCCUUAUUUUUUCCUUAAGCAGGAGAAUUGCAGAGUACAAAACUUGCAUCGUAGAAAACUUACAUAGGAUGUAGAUCUUUCAUAAAUCCUUACCAUCACAGUAAGACAUAAGUGGGUGAGGAUCCCUUCUGUCAUUGAUUCUUUCUGUAAACUGUGUAUCGAAUGGUGAUUAAGAGAAUUAAUGAAUUGGGUUCUGGAACAAGGUAACUGUUGUGAACUGUGAGUACUAUGCUAUUGCUCAGCAGAAUAAUAGCACUGUCGUGGACCUCAGGCUAGCCCUUUGUGUGGUCAGUCUACAGUGUAAAUAAAGGUGUGAAUAAAGGGGCUUCUGGCUUUGAUAUGUGAACAAAAUAAAAGUAUCCAGUUCAGAACAUUGAAUCUUUAUGUGUGUAUGUAUGUCUUCAAACUUAAAUCGUUGUAACUGGUCCAUUGUUAAAGGUGAAGCCUAUGGUGACCGCAUUGUGUUUUCCUUUUGCUCUUAAUGGUCAGUUACUCUUGAUUAUCUUCCUUUCUGGCCUUUACCACUCCCAACUUAGCUGGAACCUCUUCUGUCUUCCCUGGUUCCCCUUUUCUUCCCAUUAGAUUUGUCCUGUCAAGUUUUCCCAACUGAAGCCUCCAGGGCCAACAUCAAGGCAUUUCAAUUUUCAUUAAAUCGGAAGAACGUUUGUCUCCUAUGGGCAAGGCCCAGGGAUAGAUAAAUACCACUCAAACAGGAGAUUUUAAGCUAUCAGAAGGGCCUUCUGGUGGUCAUCUCAGAUUUUACCCACAACUGCAUGGCUUCCUACAUUUACCAUCAAACUGAAAGUGUGGCUCUGUCACUCACGUGCACCCCUCUCGCCCAUCACAGCCUUACAUUUUUAGCCACUGUUUACAGCUCUGAGGAUUGGACCCACAACUCUGUGUGUGGUAGGAGUAGUCACAGCAAUCCUCAGCCACUCCAUUUAUCAUUUUCUAAUGUCAUGGUAUCUUGAAAGUAUCCAUUUUAGCUAAAUAUAAAUGCAGUUAAAAGUCUAGUUUCAGCCCAGUUAGCUGCAUGUAGCGGUGAUUACCAUAGUACAGCCUACAUAGAGAAAGGCCCUAUCUGUUUUGGACAAGCUAAAUUUACUUUUUCUGUAGUUAACAUAAAGUAGAAAAUAUUUGGAUUAAAUUUUGCUACUUGGCUUGCAGAACCUCAGAUAUUUAUUUUCUCCCCUUUUGUCAAAAAAGCUUUCCAAAGGCUGAUAUGUUGCAUACAUGUAAUUUCAGCAAUAUAGAGGCUGAGUCAGGUACUACGGAUCUCAAAAACCAAACAAACAAAAAUCCACUUCCUGCUAUAGACAUUUAAAUGGCUACUUCGUAGGUCAGCAUGUCUAGUGUCAUGGUGACGCUCACUCACUCCAUGCCAGUCACUUAUCUUAAAGCUGGUAUUAGGCCUUUAGUCUUCUUCAUCUUUCUUUAUUCUUGCUGUAGUGUUUACUCAUGGGCUAUUAAGGGGUUUGUGUCAACAUUUUUAUGAAACAUGUAUUUUUAUAAAAUAUGUAUUGUAUUAUUUAUGUUUAUAAUUGACUUAAGAGUUUGAGACUUCCCUGGUUGAUAGAUAUAGUUAUUUCUGUGGUUGUAUAAUAUGAUAUAAAUAAACCAGACUUAAUGACCUCUUUUGAGACAUA